GCGCGAGGCCUCCGCUGGGCGCCGUCAGAGAGCCGAGUGCGUCGCUGUGCGAGGACUUCCCCGACGGAGGGUCGCUGGGGCCGGCCGUAAGAUCAGCAGUACACCGCUGGGUUUCCGGCUCGUCAGCGGGAUAACGCUAGUGGACGGGACAGCGCUCCCGCCGGUGUCGAGAAGACAACCGGGCCGCGACAGACCGACGACACGUAAAGCUAAGGCGAAUACUGCUGAAGAGCCCCUGAGUCCAGCGGAAGGGGCGGCUUCUUAACGACUUUUUACCGGCGACGGACAAGAAAAAUUAAACAGAAUCCGAGACUAGAGAGAGGGUCUCCAGCGGAGGGGUCAGACACGGGGCCGCGGAGGAGAACCGGCCAGCCGGACCCCCGGGUGAAGAAAGGGGCCCGUUCGGCGGCGACGGAACCGGGCAGUGGAAAAAACCGUCCUCGCCUGGGUAAAUAAAGGGCUUUGGACUGGGUGAACCGGACGGAGCCAACCCCUGAGAGCUCAGCUGCUGGGAUUUGACGUUUGAGAGCCGGGGAGGAACCGGAUAGAGACCUCAUGAAUGGAAAUCGGAACUACAGGAGCCGUUGGGGCCCAGCCCCUGUUCUCCGUGCCACGACGCCCUGGCUAUGGCACGAUGGGGAAGCCCAUCAAGUUGCUGGCCAACUGCUUCCAGGUGGAGAUCCCCAAGAUGGACGUCUACCUCUAUGAGGUGGACAUCAAGCCUGAGAAGUGCCCACGCCGAGUCAACAGGGAAGUGGUGGAUUCCAUGGUGCAGCACUUUAAGGUGACCAUUUUUGGGGACCGCAGGCCAGUCUAUGAUGGCAAAAAGAGCCUCUACACAGCCAACCCACUGCCAGUGGCCCCCACAGGGGUCGACCUGGAUGUCACUCUGCCAGGAGAGGGAGGGAAGGACCGGCCCUUCAAGGUCAGCAUCAAGUUUGUGUCGCUGGUCAGCUGGCACCUGCUUCAUGAGGUCCUGACAGGUCGUGGGAUGCCAGAACCCCUGGAGCUGGACAAGCCCAUCAGCACCAACCCGGUGCAUGCUGUGGACGUGGUCCUGCGCCACCUGCCUUCCAUGAAGUACACCCCAGUGGGCCGGUCAUUUUUCUCUGCACCAGAGGGUUACGACCACCCCCUGGGAGGUGGGAGGGAGGUGUGGUUCGGGUUCCACCAGUCCGUGCGGCCCGCCAUGUGGAAGAUGAUGCUCAACAUCGACGUAUCUGCCACGGCCUUCUACAAAGCACAGCCCGUAAUCCAGUUCAUGUGUGAGGUUCUGGACAUCCACAACAUCGACGAGCAGCCACGCCCACUCACUGACUCCCAUCGGGUCAAAUUCACCAAAGAGAUUAAAGGCCUCAAGGUGGAGGUGACGCACUGUGGAACCAUGCGGAGGAAGUACCGCGUAUGCAAUGUGACGCGGCGGCCAGCCAGCCACCAGACGUUCCCAUUGCAGCUGGAGAACGGGCAGACAGUUGAGCGCACUGUGGCCCAGUAUUUCCGGGAGAAAUACAGCUUACAGCUCAAGUACCCCCACCUGCCCUGCCUGCAGGUGGGCCAAGAGCAGAAGCACACCUACCUGCCCCUGGAGGUGUGUAACAUUGUGGCGGGGCAGCGCUGCAUCAAGAAACUGACAGAUAAUCAGACCUCCACCAUGAUCAAAGCCACGGCGCGCUCUGCACCUGACAGACAGGAGGAGAUAAGCAGGCUGGUGCGCAGUGCCAACUAUGAGGCCGACCCAUUCGUGCAGGAGUUCCAGUUCAAAGUGCGGGACGAGAUGGCUCAUGUGACAGGCCGCGUGCUGCCCGCGCCUAUGCUGCAGUACGGGGGCAGGGUGAGCACAGAGACCUUCAUGAACCGGACAGUGGCCACGCCCAGUCACGGCGUGUGGGACAUGAGGGGCAAGCAGUUCCACACAGGGGUGGAGAUCAAGAUGUGGGCCAUCGCUUGCUUCGCCACACAGAGGCAGUGUCGUGAAGAAAUCCUCAAGGGUUUCACGGACCAACUGCGGAAGAUCUCCAAGGACGCGGGGAUGCCCAUUCAGGGUCAGCCGUGUUUCUGCAAGUACGCGCAGGGUGCGGACAGCGUGGAGCCCAUGUUCAGGCACCUGAAGAACACCUACUCUGGGCUGCAGCUCAUCAUUGUCAUCCUGCCCGGAAAGACACCCGUCUAUGCGGAGGUGAAGCGGGUAGGAGACACCCUUCUGGGAAUGGCCACCCAGUGCGUCCAGGUGAAGAACGUAGUCAAGACGUCCCCCCAGACCCUGUCCAACCUCUGCCUCAAGAUCAACGUCAAGCUGGGUGGCAUCAACAACAUCCUGGUGCCACAUCAGCGACCCUCAGUGUUCCAACAGCCAGUCAUUUUCCUGGGGGCUGAUGUGACUCACCCCCCUGCAGGAGAUGGGAAGAAACCCUCCAUUGCUGCUGUGGUGGGCAGUAUGGAUGCCCACCCCAGCCGCUACUGCGCCACGGUGCGGGUCCAGAGGCCCCGGCAGGAGGUGAUCCAGGACCUGGCUUCCAUGGUGCGGGAGCUGCUGAUCCAGUUUUACAAGUCGACCCGCUACAAGCCCACGCGCAUCAUCUUCUACAGGGACGGCGUGUCAGAGGGCCAGUUCCGACAGGUGCUCUAUUACGAGCUGCUGGCCAUCCGGGAGGCCUGCAUAAGUUUGGAGAAGGAGUACCAGCCAGGCAUCACCUACAUCGUGGUGCAGAAACGCCACCACACGCGGCUCUUCUGCGCCGACCGCAACGAGAGGGUCGGACGUAGCGGAAACAUUCCUGCCGGCACAACCGUGGACACGGAUAUCACCCAUCCCUACGAGUUUGACUUUUACCUCUGCAGCCAUGCUGGAAUACAGGGCACCAGCCGCCCCUCACAUUACCACGUCCUUUGGGAUGACAACUGCUUCACGGCCGACGAGUUCCAGCUGCUCACCUACCAGCUGUGCCACACUUACGUGCGCUGCACGCGCUCCGUCUCCAUCCCCGCACCUGCCUACUACGCCCACUUGGUGGCGUUUCGAGCCCGUUACCACCUGGUGGACAAAGAGCACGACAGUGCUGAAGGCAGCCACGUCUCCGGGCAGAGCAACGGCCGGGACCCCCAGGCGCUGGCCAAGGCCGUUCAGAUCCACCACGACACCCUGCGGACCAUGUACUUCGCCUGAGAGGCCCCUCAUCACCCGCCUCCCCCAUCCCACACAACCCCCAAGCCGAGACCCAAGCUACAUGCCCAGUCUGCCUGGGAGGGUCCGUCUCCGCAGCGGGGCGGCCUCACCUUGCCAGUCAAUCCGCACCUGACACUGUGCAGAAGGGGGGGCAGGGGGUGUACACCCCCUUCCCCUGUAAAGCUGCUUUGACACAAAAUGACGAAGAAUUAAAAAAAAAAAAAAAAAAAAAAAUUAAAAAUGACAAAGGGACAGAGCACUAUUAUGCAA